AUGCAAAGUGAUGCGUGGCUGUACUCAGGUGCUUUCCAAGAUGAGCAGAUACGCCAACCUGACCUGGACAGGUCCCCCAAACCCAGCCCUCCACCGCAGGAAAACACCACGGCGCCUAUAUUGCCAGGUCCGGCAGUGCCCACUGAGAUCCGGAGCUCGCAGUUGAGGUUGGAUGCCAAUCAAACCAUGUGGACACAGAAGAUAGCUGGUCCUUGGCCUUUCGUCAGUGUGCAGAUCGUCACCUAUAACCGCUCGGCCUUUCUGUUGCAGGCAUUGCAUCAGAUCGCGGUCCAAGACUAUCCGGGGCCUUUGGAGGUGAUCAUUAUGGAUGACAGCCCACAGAAGCAGCCAACCACAGACUUCCCCGAGAAGUUGCAGAUCAAGUACUUUCACGUGGCUAGGACCACCAUUGGAGACAAGCGCAACAUGGCCGUGGAGGAAGCAACAAGGUCUGGUGCCGAUAUCAUUUGCAUCUGGGAUGAUGAUGAUAUUUUUACCAUAGACCGGUUACGACAACAAGUCUCCAGAAUGGUUGCCAGAUCCGCCAGCUGCUCCAGUAUUCAGGUUGCAUUCGUGGCUGUCUUGAAGUCCGGCAUCUUGCAGCGCUGCAAAGGUCUACCCUUGCCCUUCGAAAACAGUUUCUGCUUCAAACGGAGCUGGUUGGAGAGUCGGCCACGCUUCAGCAGUUCCAGCUUGGGAGAAGGCAAUGUGAUUUUUGAGGCGUUGGACGAUUGGUAUUCUGAAGCACAACCAAUUCCUGGGGAGGAACUGCCUUUUCUGUAUGUUCGCACUGACAGUUCCACCGCCCCAGAUGAUGCCUUGGAGCCCUAUCCAGUAACGUCCAUGCUGAUCGAAACCCCACGGGGAUGCCAGGUGGACUAUCCCCUGCUGGCCUUAGCCCGUGCCUUCCGGCGCCGCCGCUUUCCGAUGAUCCAUGGCCCUGGCGUCGGAGCGAUGAAGGCGACGAGGAGGACAUUGAGGAACAUCAUUGAGGCAGAUCUGCUUGCCAUGCGCAAGAACUGGAAGAACUCCCAGCGGCUUGCGGCCAGUUAUUGGGAUGCCCUGAAUCUGCAGCACUGGGGUCCCAGUGGUGGGGUCCCUGAAGGCUCCUUGGACAUCUUGGACUCAGCGCCAAAGUAUGCUCCUACAGAGGUUGCUGACUUCGCUGACUUUGCGACAAAGGUGGAUGCGUCAAGGGAUGCUAAAUUGCGAAAACGGGGUACUGAAGGUGCCAAAACAGAAGCAGAAUGUCAGGAAGAUCAGGGAGGAUUGAAGAUAGGUCGCUUUCGAAUCAAUCUGGGCAGACUGCCGGAAUUGCUACUGCUGUUCGUUAUUGCUGGCAUGGUGGCACAGAUUGCCAUGGUUUCUCUUGACAUGUCCAGACAGAUGGCAGUGAUUUCCGGCCUGGGGGUGGCAGUUCAGCUGCAACGAAUGGGCAACUGGCUUCGAGAUUGGGUGGCCUACAAGAAUUGCUCACAGAAAAAGCAAAUCUCCAGCCGCUCCAAGAACGUGGCCCCCCAUUGCCCGUCGGGUCUCGCCAUGAGAGCUGUGAUCAGCAACUCCGAAAAACGGAUUGAUGGUCAGCGAAAAUGCAACGAGGAAGCACGAGCACGACAGCUUCGCAACAACAUUUCGGUGGCUUUUUGUGGGCUGUUCCUCUUAGCAGCCUUUGCCGCAACUUGGCCAGGUGAACGGACGCAUCGCUUCAUCGGGCCCUUGCUGAAAGAACGACUGAAGCACCCUGGCAACUCGCCAGGGAAGGUCGCAACAAGCUCACGGGAAGACAUGGCGAUAGGAACAGCAGAUGGCCUGGGCUCGAGCGGCAGUGAACAAUGGUCGGGCGAUCCCAGUGCCAGUUGUACAAAUGUUUUGGGCCAUAUGGUGAAGCAGCUCACUGAAGACUUUGCCAAACGAAAGGAAACCGGGCUUUCAUCAGCAGAGUCCACCAGCAGUCCAGGUGCAGUUCUGGAGGCUCAGAAAGCAACUGCAAAUUUGCGAGGCCGGAGCUCGCAAUCUGCCAAAGAACCACCCGUCACCAGUGCCAGCAGUGUCCAACCAGUCCCGGCUGCGGAAGAUGCUGAUCCAGCAAAGAAGUCCGGCGCCCAGACCACCUCGGAAGUGGAAAAGGAAAAGGAGCAUCAACCUGACCCCAAGGUGGACUUGCCAUAG